GAAGCCCAUUCAUCUGUGCACUUGGGCGUUGGACUCCGCAUCUUAUUAGCAACCAGGGAGAUUUCUCCAUUUUCUCCUUGUCUACCUAUUUAUACCAACCCAAGGCUCUUUGUUUCCCCUCCUUUUGGAUCUGUUGAGUUUCUUUGUUGAAUAAGACAGCAUGGGUGCCCAGUUCUCCAAGACCGCUGCAAAGGGCGAAGCCGCCGCCGAGAAGCCCGGGGAAGCAGUGGCUGCAUCUCCAUCCAAGGCGAAUGGACAGGAGAACGGCCACGUGAAGGUGAACGGCGACGCGUCCCCCGCGGCGGCGGAGGCGGGCAAGGAGGAGCUGCAGGCCAACGGCAGCGCGCCCGCCGAGGAGACGGGCAAGGAGGAGGCGGCCUCGUCGGAGCCCGCCUCCGAGAAGGAGGCGGCCGAGGCGGAGAGCACCGAGCCGGCCUCCCCGGCGGAGGGCGAGGCCUCCCCCAAGGCCGAGGAGGGCGCGACCCCCUCGUCCAGCAGCGAGACCCCGAAAAAAAAAAAGAAGCGCUUUUCCUUCAAGAAGUCCUUUAAGCUGAGCGGCUUCUCCUUCAAGAAGAACAAGAAGGAGGCCGGGGAGGGCGCCGAGGGCGAGGCCGGCGCCGCGGCGGAGGGGGCCCGGGAGGAGGCGGCGGCCCCCGAGGCGGCGGGCGGCGAGGAGGGCAAGGCGGCCCAGGAGGCCUGCGCGGCCGCGGCCGGCAGCGCCCAGCCGGGCACGGAGGAGGCGGGGGACUCGCAGGAGGCCGCAGCGGACGAGGCCGCCUCCGAGAAGGCGGCGGGAGAAGAGGCCCCGGCCGAGGAGGAGCAGCCGCCGCCGCAGCCGCAGCCGCAGCCGGAGGGGCAGGCGGAGCAGGCGGCGGGCAGCGGGGAGCAGGAGGCGGCCCCGGCGGAGGAGCCGGCGGCGCGGCCGGAGCCGCCGCCCGAGGGCAGCGCGGCGGGCUCGGCGGAGUAGGCGCCGGCGCUGGACUGUGCUUCCCCCGCGGCGUCGGAGCGGUGCCAGGUACUGGUCUCGGAGAACUUGCCCACAGCCAGGGACUGAGUUACACGAUCGCUCGUUUUCUUUUCCCCCUCCCCCCCCCGCAGCCCCCGGCUCCCGCCGCUGAGUCUGUCGCCAUUCCAGGGGCAGGGGCCGGGCCUGCCCUCCCCCCGCCCCCCGGGCUUUGCUUUGGGGCGGUGCUUUUUGUGUUCUUUUUUUUUUUUUUUCAUCAGUAUUAACGUUUUGUUUCGGUUGGUUGGUCCGGGAUAUUAUCUCUUUUUUUUUUAUUAUUUUUUUUUUUAUUAUUAUUUUUUCGCGUCGGUGGUUUUGUUUGGAUCCGUGUCGUCGUUGAUGGUUGAUUUGUUUUGUUGGUUUGUUUCUUUUUUUUAAACGAGACACUUCGCGACUCUUCUUCACGUUCCUCAAUCCCGUCCCGGUCGGUCGGUGGACGUGCCCAUAGAUGAAGGAGAUGGGUGGGUCAAUCAAAGGGAUCCGAAAUGAAGUGACGGGGCCGCAGAGGGGACCCGGGGCGCAGCCCUUGCCGGGAGCCUGUCCCGCCAGAAACCAUCCGAGGGGUUAGGCUUGCUUUUUUUGGGGGGGGGGGUUGUCGUUUGUUUGUUUGUUUGUUUUUCUUCGUUUCGUUUUUAACAAAAAAAAAAAAAAAGGAAAAAAAAAAAAAGCGCCACAAACAGAAAACACACACACAAAAAAAAAAACAACACGGGGAAAAAAAGAAAAAAAAAAAAGAAAGUUAUUACGAUGUAUUUUGUGAGGCAGAUGUUCUAUAAGGUUUACAACACUACAAGUCUUGAUUAAGAAGGAAAGGAAAAAAGGAAAAAAAAAAAUAAAAAUAAAAAUCAAUACCCAGAUAAAGAGAUCAUAGUCUUAGGAAUUCAUUUAAACCAUAGGAACUUUUCACUUAUCUCAUGUUAGCUGUAUCAGUCAGUGAUUAAGUAGAAAUACAAGUUGUAUAGGCUUUAUUGUUUAUUGCUGGUUUAUGACCUUAAUAAAGUGUAAUUAUGUAUUACCAGCAGGGUGUUUUUAACUGUGACUAUUGUAUAAAAAAAAAACAAAAAACAAAACAAAAACAAACAAAUCUUGAUAUCCAGAAGCACAUGAAGUUUGCAACUCUUUCCACCCUGCCCAUUUUUGUAAAACUGCAGUCAUCUUGGACCUUUUAAACACAAAUUUUAAACUCAACCAAGCUGUGAUAAGUGGAAUGGUUACUGUUUAUACUGUGGUAUGUUUUUGAUUACAGCAGACGAUGCUUUCUUUUCCAGUUGUCUUUGAAAAUAAAAGAAAACUCUUCAGAUGCAAUGUUUUUUUUUUUUCUUUUUUUGGGGUUUUUUUGUGUAGCAUCUUGUCUAUCAUGUUUUUGUAAAUACUGGAGAAGCUUUGACCAAUUUGACUUAGAGAUGGAAUGUAACUUUGCUUACAAAAAUUGCUAUUAAAACUCCUGCUUAAGGUGUUCUAAUUUUCUGUGAGCACACUAAAAGCGAAAAAUAAAUGUGAAUAAAAUGUA